GUUCGAAAAGUUUGCGAAACAGAGACGCUCCUACAGCGCAAGAUAGCAGGGGAGACGUAGACUCGACGGCGUAGGCAUCAUCAACCACACCGAGAGGCGAGAACUCGGUUUUCUGUCUGGUUUCUCUGUUACAUCCGUCUUGUGUCCCUAUUAUUAACCUUGGAUUAAAAUAAUAAUACUUGUCCAGCUGUGUAAUUAGUUCCCCUGUUUACUGUUUAGAGUGUUGACCAAUGGUCGAGUGCGCGUGGAGUACGCUCACUGUCCCCGCUGCUGCUUAUCCUACGCACACCCUCUCACUCUCGCACACUCUCUGAGGGCGAAUGGCAGAGAAACAGAGCCUCCUCGAGCUGCUUCAAUGUCUGGGGCUCAGCGAAGACACGUCGACAUCAUAUGAUUCCAUUCUCCUCCGCUCUUUCUUUUCGCCUUCACCGCUUUCCGUCUAAUCAUCGUCAACUCUCUCUCCCUCUCGGCUUUUGCUGGGCCGGAGCUCUUUUGGGCUCAGGUUGUUGUUGCUGUUGUUGCGUGCAGUGAUGUAGAAAGAGAUACAGACUAGUAACAGUGAGCGCUCUCUGUUUUUCUUCCUUUCUCUUUUGCUCUCUGACCGUGCAUUGUGGAGCGUGCGUGCGUCGUCGUUUUGCUGGGCUCCGAACUGUUGCUUUCAGGCUUCAGCUUUAUAUGUGUGUGUUGCUUACGUUUAGCGUUAUUAUUUCUGUACGGAGUUUCCUGGUUUUGGGUUUGUGCUCUCGCUGGUUAAAGCUCUGGGUUUCGGAGUCUUAUUUGGGAAUUUGACGCUGUUUCUUCACAGAGAGAGUGAAAGAGACGGAUAUGUAUUUGAGGUUUUUUUGUAAAUAUUUUUUCUUUCGUAGCAAUGCAGGGCUGGGAUUGAGAAAUUUGGGGGGGUUUUGUGGAUUUUUGUGUGUGUUUAUGAGAGGUUGAGGGUGCGUUGGGUUUUGGGGAGUGUUUUUCAGGGUCUAUUAGUUGUUGCGGAAAUGAAUGAGAACACGGGGAAAGAGUCGUCGUGUUUGGCGAUUACUGCAGAGAAACGAGUGCAUAGGCCUGGUGGUUGUGCUGGGAUUUUCUUUCAGCUUUUCGAUUGGAACCGGAAGUUCGCCAAGAAGAAGCUUUUCUCCAAGAAGUUCCUUCCUCCAAUUCGUGCAAAACAAGCUUCUAAGAAGUUCAAAGGAGAUGAGAAAAUGCCCACUUCCAAGCUCCAUUUGAUUGCUGAUGAGAACAGUGGUGGUUUUCCAAAUGUGAAGAAAAAUGGGAAUCGUAGGGUAGAUUUAGAUAAGAAGCAUGAAAUGCGAGCUCCGGGUUUGGUUGCUCGGCUAAUGGGUCUUGAAUCUAUGCCAGCUGUGCAUCGAGAUAAGCCUAAGAAACCUUCAUUCUCUGGUAAUUUUGAUAAUGGGGAUGGGAAGUUUGUGGGUAGUCAUAGUGGGUUUGAUAAGGACGAGUUGAAUUUGGAGAAAGGAGGCACAAAGCAGGAAUCAAGGCCUCAGAAGCUGCAAAAGACUGGCCCGCUUGACAGACGGGCAGUGAGUAGGUUUGGAGCUGAAGCAUUCCACAUUAAGAGUGUUUUGUCACGGUCAAGAAAGCACCAUCAUAAUCACCCUAAGUUUGUUUCUCCCGUGAAGAGUCCAAGGAUUUCCUCCGGGAAGAAUGUGUCUCGCAGCUCUCGGUUAAUUGGCGCUGCUACUAGGAUUUUGGAACCCGGGUUGCAAGCUACAAGCAGAGCUAAAUCCGCUCUUACUUAUUCGAGUUCUAGGCAUUAUUGUCCGAAGGAUGAGAUUGUGAUGGAGGAGACCGGGUGUAUAUCACCGGAUAUGCUGAAAGAAUCCUGUUAUAAUGUGUGUUCAACGAAGCCUUUGAUGGGGCAGACUUCUUGUAGAAAUUGUGGUAAUUUGGUAAAAUUCAGACCAGAUACUGAGGAACAACCAUCUGCUCUUUUUGCUUCAAAUUUUGUCGAUGCCUCUUCUCAGGAUUCAGAAUGGAGUAAAUCAAGGUCACCAGGAUCCUCGCAUGAGCAAGAAAGAGAUGCACUUUUUCAGAGAAGUAACGACCAGGAGGCUUCUCUUGUUGCUCAAGAAAAGGACAAUCUACGAAUCCAUAAUGAACCAAUUACAGAAGGUCAUGGACAAUCGCAUUUGUCGAGCCAAACACGCAAGCCUCAAAAGGAUGAAUCAUCUUCCAUUGCUUUCAAGCACCGAACGCAACCUCAGGACCAUAUUUUGUCAGGCGGGGAUAGAAUCCCACCUAGGUCUAAACUAAAUAAUCUGCAGAGCCGAAGAGUCUCAACAUCUGGAAAUGCCGCUGGUGGGAACAAAGAUUUUGUUGCUUUGAACCGAAGUCUAAGCGGUCGAAUCAGGCCGAGGGUGUCUAACAAGGUGGACAGUUCUAAGUUUGACACGGAGAGGAAGGCUUGUAAUGGACGAGAUGAUUCCUUACCACAGUUAAGGACUUCAGUACGAAAAAGGAGGACGAUAAAUUUGAGUGGGCAAGCUGAAAGUACAGGUUUGGCCAAUUCGACAUUUGCAAAACAAAGAAAUGUUCGGUCUGAUACUUUGACUGGAAAAGGCAUGGGGAAUGCUCACUCCAUGAACGGAAAUUGUGUCAAAAGUAGAUUAGCCAGCCAGGGAGAUGGAAAAAGAGCAGAUGGAAAUAAGGAAACUGAUGUUAUUUCUUUUACAUUUAAUUCUCCUAUAAGGCACAAGACUGGAAUUCCCACCCAAAUUGAGGAAAGUAGGAGGGAUGAAGAUGGAAAGAUGUCUUUUCAAAGGCCAUUACCAUUGCGAAGAGAUGCUUUAGGGGCCCUUCUGGAACAAAAGUUGAAGGAACUGACUUGUCAAGAAGAUGAUGAGUUGACAGUGGGUACUCCAGCCAAGCGACCCACUGCUAUGAUUCUCCAAGAGUUAAUAUCUGCUUUGACUGCAGAGCAGCAUUUCUCUCAGGAUGGUAAUAUGUUCAACAAGGAAAUAGCUUUCAAGACUAAAGCAGAGAUGGAAAGGUUUGCUGCAAGUGUGCGUGAAGGUCAUCAUCUUAGCCCUGGAUCUGUUCUUGAAGCUUCGUUCUCGUCUAGUAGUCUGGAUGAAAGCCCAGUUCCAGGACAUAGGUUGUGCCCUGAUUCCAUGGAUUACUGCUAUGAUCGGUUGCAACCGUUGGGACCCAAUGCUGAUCUUUUGGAUUCUGCAACCUCAUUGGAUAAAGGGAGGAGUGUUGGUGAGGUGGUGAUUGAUUUUGUCAGAAACGUCUCUAAAAUGUUAGACAUUAUCAAUGUUACUGGGGCCGGAUUGAGUGGAAGUAAGCUCACCCAUGCGAAGGAGGUAAUCUUGAAUGCAGAACUGUUGUUUGGAACUGCAACAUCACAUUAUGUAGAUGGAAUGAAGGGUUUUCUCGUGAGUCCUUGUCUCCUUGAUGAACUGGAAUCUUUUGCUCAUGCUGCAUGGACAAAUUCCAAGGACUUCAUUGGUUUAGAGGACAGCAUAGAUGGAAAUCAGCUUAGGAGAUUUCUUUUUGACUUUGUCGUAGAAUGUUUAGAAUCAAAAUAUGUUCGAUACUGUGAUGCUGGAUUCAAGAUGUGGUCAAGACUCCCAUCAUGCAUGAGUACAAAGAGGUUGAUUGUAGAUGUUGCAGAGGAGGUUAGAAGGUGGAGAGAUUUGGCUGGGAUGGUUCCUGAUGAGAUAAUAGAUUGGGAGAUGAGUUAUUCAUUGGGGAAAUGGACAGAUUUUGAUAUUGAAGCAUUUGAGACUGGCGUUGAGAUUGAUGGGGAAAUACUUCAAAUUCUAGUAGAGGAAAUUGUGAUGGACCUUUUGGAGUGCAGGCUGUGAAUUUCUUAUAUUCCUGCUAUUUUUGAGUUCUUUUUCAUUGGUAAUGUGACUCACCACUCACCAGAACUUGAUGGCUUAUUUUGUACAAAUUGAUGGAUGUUUAUUGCAAGUGAUGAAAAAAGCUGGAUUAUUCCA